UUUAGUGCUUCUACACUCUUCGUCGCCAUUGGCAUCUAUCGUGCAGUGCCUCUGAAUCUGUUCUUCAAAUCGACAAGGAAGAGGAGAUCGGAAGUGUAAAAGUCCGGCCCCGGCCGAAUACGAGGAGGGAAAAUGGCUUUGGCUUUCGAUGAGUUCGGAAGGCCGUUCAUAAUAAUAAAGGAUCAGGAGCAAAAGACGAGAUUGAGAGGACUCGAUGCGCAGAAGGCCAAUAUUUCUGCAGGGAAAGCGGUGGCUCGCAUCCUCCGCACUUCCCUAGGCCCCAAGGGCAUGGACAAGAUGCUCCAGAGCCCCGACGGCGACGUCACUAUCUCGAAUGAUGGAGCAACAAUCUUGGAGCAGAUGGAUGUUGACAACCAAAUUGCUAAGCUGAUGGUUGAACUAUCCCGAAGUCAGGAUUAUGAAAUUGGUGAUGGUACAACUGGUGUUGUUGUAUUGGCUGGUGGGCUUCUGGAGCAGGCUGAGCGGUUAUUGGAGCGUGGGAUACAUCCAAUUAGGAUUGCAGAGGGCUAUGAGAUGGCUUCUAGAAUAGCCUUUGAACAUUUGGAGCAUAUAUCUGAGAAAUUUGAAUUUGAAUCGUCGAAUCUGGAGCCUUUGAUUCAAACUUGCAUGACUACUUUGUCUUCAAAGAUGGUGAAUCGCAACAAGCGCAGUUUGGCUGAGAUUGCAGUUAACGCAGUUGUUGCUGUUGCAGAUUUAGAGAGGAGGGAUGUUAAUCUGGAUUUAAUCAAGGUUGAAGGGAAAGUAGGGGGUAAGCUGGAAGAUACUGAGCUAAUAUAUGGCAUUGUUGUGGACAAGGAUAUGAGUCAUCCACAGAUGCCAAAGCAGAUUGAAGAUGCAAAAAUUGCCAUCUUGACUUGUCCUUUUGAGCCACCAAAGCCAAAGACAAAGCAUAAGGUGGACAUUGAUACGGUUGAAAAGUUCCAGACUCUACGUCAGCAAGAGCAUAAGUAUUUUGAUGACAUGGUUCAGAAGUGCAAAGAUGUUGGUGCUACAUUGGUGAUCUGUCAAUGGGGAUUUGAUGAUGAGGCCAACCACCUGUUAAUGCAUAGAAACUUACCUGCUGUCCGAUGGGUUGGUGGUGUGGAGUUAGAGCUGAUAGCCAUAGCCACAGGUGGAAGAAUUGUGCCAAGGUUCCAGGAGUUGACCACGGAGAAACUGGGAAAGGCUGGUGUGGUUCGUGAGAAGUCCUUUGGUACCACGAAAGAUAGAAUGCUGUACAUUGAACAUUGUGCAAAUUCAAGGGCUGUGACUAUAUUUAUUCGGGGAGGUAACAAAAUGAUGAUAGAAGAGACAAAGCGAAGUAUCCAUGACGCACUAUGUGUUGCUAGAAAUCUCAUACGCAACAAGUCUAUUGUAUAUGGUGGUGGGUCAGCUGAGAUUGCUUGCUCAAUUGCCGUUGAGGCUGCCUCUGAUAGGCAUCCAGGAGUUGAGCAGUAUGCCAUUAGGGCAUUUGCGGAUGCUCUGGAUUCUGUUCCCAUGGCCCUUGCAGAAAAUAGUGGCCUCCAACCUAUUGAGACAUUAUCUGCUGUUAAAUCUCAGCAAAUCAAGGAGAACAACCCCUACUAUGGAAUAGAUUGCAAUGAUGUUGGUACAAAUGACAUGCGUCGGCAAAACGUCUUCGAGACUUUGAUAGGGAAGCAACAGCAGAUCUUGUUGGCUACACAGGUUGUCAAGAUGAUACUGAAAAUCGAUGAUGUGAUUUCCCCGUCUGAUUUCUAAAUUAGUAGUCUGAUGUGCGUCUUCACGACUAUUACUUGUAGGCCUGAUUUGGGGUGUUUGGAGUUGCAACUUGAAUUUGCUUAUGUGAGCAUUGUUUUUGCUUACGGAUUUUGGUGUGGUUGUUGGACAUGUAAAAUACGAUUGCUCAUCUUUUGUUAAAUUAUCAUGUCUUAGUCUUUGCUCACGGA